AUGGAGCACGAUGCAGGGAAGAGACAGCGUGGGAAUAGCAUCACCACUACCCCCGAGAGACCUGCGAAUAAUGAUGGAAGAGCUGUACCCGAGGCUCAGGUAACAGAGAGACCGCAAGAAUCCAGGGAGAUUAACAGCCACAACCCUCAGGGAUAUGGUUUGCAAUCGACCAAUACAUUCACAGCUAGCAGUAGCUCACCACCCACAAAUCCGGCCCCCAGAUAUCCUUUUGAACGAUCUACAACCUCAUCUAGCCAAGAAGUUUCCGAUGUGUCAAAGAAAAGUACACAGACCGUGGUCAAGCCAGCAUUAGAACCCCCCGUCACCAAAUCAACAUUAAGUGAACUCGAUGUGAAUAAGAUAGUACACAAUCCUAAACUCCGACACGACAUCAACUUCGAUCCGGAUUUACACUUUAGGCCCAAUCUCGAUGGAGAAAAGGGACGCAAGAAGAGCCAGAAGGCCAACGAUUUCUGGGAGACGAUGCGAUCGCAACUUGAAGGCUUUUUGAUGAGUAAAGAUCGUGAGCAAUUCGAGAAAGAUUUGGGAGAUGCGGAGUGGUGCUUGCCAGCCACGCUGAAAGCCAUCAAGGGCAUUCUAGAAACAUUAGUCCCACAGCGGGAUCGGUCAUCGGUCGAGGAGACCUUUAAUGUUGAUCUAUUAAUGCAGCAAUUUCGAAAAGGCGUUGCUGAUCUGAAUAAACUUGCGUUGUGGCUAUCACAACUUUUGAAGUGCCAUUGUGCGCCGAUGAGAGACAGUUGGGUUGAUGAGAUGGUCGUUCACUUGAGUGAGGGUAACCAAAACGGAGACGUGGCAAUGUUGGUCUCUGGAAUGCGAAAUCUGCUGGGUGUCUUGGAAGCUAUGAAGCUCGAUGUUGCAAAUCAUCAGAUCAGGUGUUUGCGCCCGCUGCUCAUCGAAGACACUGUCCAAUUUGAGCAAAAGUUCUUUGUAAGAAAGAUCGCCAUGGGUAGAGUAGACAUCGCUUCAGCUCACGAUUGGUUCAGAAGGGCAUCAAACUUGCCAGAUAGUCUUCCCUCGGAUGCAUCAACACGAACUCAAGGAAACACGUGGGACUUCAUGAAAGCACUUGUAAAUCUAACCCUGCCAUCGAAAGCCUUAGAACCCGUUCCUCACACUUUCCUAUUCGAUGAGGAGCGCCUCGUUAAACUCCGUGCGGAUAUGCUGGAUCUAAUCAACCUUGAGAUUUGUAUGUUCCUCUAUCACAAACUUGAUGCGGCAUCCAAAUCGAACGAGGCCCGAUCUGUUCCACAGGACGAUACACCUGCUGCUUCGUCUUACAUCUCUUCUCCUGCAGAUGAAGGUGUACUCUCCGCACCGACUGUACCCUCAGAGAAUGACUUUACAGCCAAACGCAAGUAUAAUCACAUGGCACAGGAAAAAGGACAUUUCUCGAGGGAACUCUCAGGUCGACAAGUAUGGGUACCAAAUCUAGAAGACGAAGCUAUGGACUCCGUAUCGUCUAGCCCAAGAUCAUCUCCAUCAACGACUGCAUCUACGCCCGAGACAUAUCCUGUAACACCACUUUACCUGUCUAUUCAGAAUUCCGACUCUACGUCACAAGUGCGCACCUCUCUACAAGCUCUCCUGGCUUCUUCUUCGUCACAAGAUAGGUGGGCCGUACUAUCCUCAAACAUUGCUUUGCAAAUUCUUCGCUCAACACCAACACCUAUGGCACGCCUUCCAGUAUUCGAAUCACAUCUCCAAUUUCAUCUCUCCAAUUCGCAAUCCAGGAUCUAUCAAGAAGCGGAAACGUACAUCAUCUCGAAACUUUUCCCCGAGUUACAAAAGCUUGUCGAGUCGUAUACUCCUUUGACUAGUCUCCAGAUAUUUGAUGCGGCCACGUCGCCAAAACCUACGAAUGGGCUUAUGAACCUCAAUACCCAAGCAACCGGACAAAAGGAGGAAAUUUCAGAUAUUGCAACCAGAAUUGCCCAUAUCGGUAUUUUACACUGGCGGGUUUGGGCACCAUUAGCAUAUCUUGUCAAUCCUGAUGCUGAGGAUGAAGUCGACGUCAACAUGAUUCAAGAUAACGAUCUGCCGGUUGACAAGUCUUGA